AUGCAUGACGUCUCUGGCUUAGACGGUUACCGUAGCCCACCUCCAGAUGGCCAGAACAGGCAUAUCAACCAGAAGUACACCACCGAAGAAGGUGAUUUCAUCAUCUAUGCCUGGUACGACAAGAAGCUGAAGUGGAAGCGUAUUAAGCAAGAUUUCGCCACUAUAUUCGGCAGAACGCCCGAAAGAAUCGUGCAAGGCCUUCAAGGUUGGUGCUACCGCAUGAACCAGAGAAUACCCCUCUGGGAUCAAGAUGGCUGGUUAAUCUUUGACAACGAGGAUGCUUUGGGGCCGAAGCAUAUCAGCAUGAAUUGCAGUGAAAGAGACACCCAAAACAAGCCUAUGAAGCCACCUGUGGAGGAGAAUACAUCAAAAAGAACUGGCCAGUUGAAAAAGUCGGCUGUCCGGCCUCGAAUCCUUAGAGACGAGAACCAACUUACGGCCAACGAUUGGUCUGUACUUCAACACUUCGCGACGAUCCUUGGAUACUAUGAAGAUGCAGUCAAGACUCUAGAAGGCGACGGUUUAAUCAGGAAACGCAAGAGGGGUUAUACUGGUUCAUAUGGGAACGUUUGGGAUGUGAUCAAUGGGUUUGAAUUCCUGCUUGGCAAGCUCGAAAAAUAUAAGGCGAUGGCAAAAGAUUUUCCUGACCCCGAACAGUUCAGGAUCGGCAUAAAUAUGGCCUGGGAGAAAUUAGACAAGUAUUACACUAUUCUCGACACAACACCGAUAUAUUAUACCGCCCUCGCACUCCACCCGGCAUACAGAUGGGGAUGGUUCGAGCAGGCCUGGGUACAUAAGCCCGACUGGAUCAGAUCUGCAAAAAGGAUAGUUCAAGAAGUGUGGGACGAGUCCUAUCGAGAUUUCCAUAUUGUGGUGGCCUCAAAUGACGAGCCUGUUGCAAAACGACAGAAGCAAUACUACAAUGCCUUCGAAGAGCAUUGCGAACAGUCCCGUAUCGACUCCAUACAGACAGAGCCUCUACUGGACGACGACACGAUUGGCGACGAAUACGAACGAUGGCAAUCGAUUCCACGAUUGUUGAUUCCUCUAGGUUACAUCCGCGUCGAGGAUGAUCACAUCCUCAAGGCGCGACUCCAGACUGAUUCUGGUGAAUGGAAUGACGCAGAGUUCGACCUCAACGAAGUCCUAGGCAAUCAUGAGGGUGUUAUUCACUGGGACGGACGAGACUUCGCCAGCUCUGUCAAGAAUAUCACCUUUUCUAUGGAGGGUGAUAGCCAAGUUCCUAUCCUUCGUGUCGUUCUUCGCACUAUCGAUGGCGACGAGCUGCCGAGUGAUGUCAACCUGGCAGAGCGCAUUGGGAACGAAAAUGGGGUUUUCGUUUAUGUUGAGGCCGCGUCGGUGGAGAAUGCUGUUCAAUCAGAGUUCAAGUCUCGCCAUCCCUUCCAUGAUUCUCUGUUCUUGUAUCUCAUCGAGGCGCCUACCUCGCAGACGGCUGGAGACGUCUGUGAGUCGCAUUUGUUUGACAAAUAUCCGGAAGGCUGGACCGUUGAGGGCCUUCCUUGCAGUCUGCCUUUUGCUCAGGUCGAACAUCCGGCCUUUCGUGACUUGAUCCGCUAUCUUCGUCCGGCUGCCGAUGAUCUCCUUCCAAGGUCAGGCGAUACAGUUAAGACCGACUUACAAUGGGGCUAUGACAACAAGAAGGAGUUUGUAAAGAGAGCUUUGCAAAAUGCUCUUUCUUCGAUCCACAUUAUUCCUGACAAUUGGGCUUCGCCGAAUGGUUUGGGGGUCAUUGGUUUCACAGUUCAAUUCGUAACGGAAGAUCACGGUUUACAAUCGCUUGUGGUGAGGAUUAAGGAGCUGGAAGGAGAACACAGCGGAGAACACAUGGCCGAAGCCAUCAUGGAGUUCAUACGAGAAUACGGAAUCGCCACAAAAGUUGGAUACUUCAUGAUGGACAAUGCUAGCAACAUGAACACCAUGAUUGACAAGGUCUCGGACGAACUGGAGCAAGAGUUUGAUGUUUUCUACGACCCUCUUCCCCAUCGGCUUCGCUGUACCGGCCACAUCAUAAACCUGGCCGUGAUGGAAUUUCUCAUAGGAAAACGGCCGCGGACGACAGGCUCCUAUGGUGGGCCAUCCGAAGAGGAGAUUGAGGAAUGGAGAAAGCGAGGGGCGAUAGGAAAGCUUCAUAAUAUCGUGGUCUAUGUCACUUGGACCCCCCAGAGGCUUCAAACGUUUACUGUUCUCACCGAUGGCCUCAGGCUACGGCGUGACAAUGACACUCGUUGGAAUUCAUGGUACAACAUGGUUGAAAGGGCUCUGAGGCCUAAAGUCAGGCAAGCUAUCACCGUAUUUUGCGCGCAAGAGCCUGCUCUACAAGAGGAUACCCUGACUCCGUCUGAUUGGGUAACUUUGGCCGAGAUUCACAAGUUUCUGGAACCAUUCCACGACGCGACAAUGGCCAACGAGGGCGUUCAAAAUUCCAUCGCCGACGUUCUCCCCACCAUGGAUUAUCUCCUACACCACAUCGAGGCCGCCAGGGAGGCCACCACCAUCCCCCACUUGGCUACAAUGAUGGAGACUGCUUGGGCCAAACUGGCCGACUACUACGAAUUGACAGAAGACUCUCCAGUCUAUUCAGCAGCCACAGUCUUAAACCCUUCUUUCAAGUGGGCAUACAUGGAGAAGACUUGGGAAGACAAGACGGAAUGGAUUGAGAGAGCUAAAUCUCGGGUAGGGCAGCUGUGGAGGGAAUCGUACAAGUCAUCUUCUUACUUGCCGGUUCUUCGACCAGGCUCAGCAGAGGAGCCAACUACGAGACGACUAAAUGGGUACAAAAUGUGGAUGAAUGAGCAGAAGGCGACGAUUUUCAACACGGACGAUGACGAGUACGAAGUGUACUGUCGUGAGCCUGUUGUGAUGACGCCGGACCCGCUGAAAUGGUGGCUGGAGGUGGCCCAGCGAAGACGAUUCCCUAGCUUGUCAUUGAUGGCCAUCGACAUUCUUUCUAUCGCAGCUAUGUCUUCUGGGACAGAGCGACUCUUUUCUAAAUUAAAACUUACGGUAACCGAUCAGCGAGGAGCUAUAGACGCUGAAACUUUAAAUAUCGUGGAAUGCCUACGUUCCUGGGACAGCAGCGCCUUGAUAGUCCCAUCAGAUUGUCGCUAUGUCGAUGCGGCUUCCGGGUUUAAUCACUCUGAUGCAUUGGGACGCGAGGAGAGCGGUGGGGGAUUAGACACAGUGGAGAUAGCCUAG